GGGGGAAUGGGUAGGCUAGUGGCGCCCGCUAUUUUGGAAGAGAGGAUUUUCGUCCGUUUGAACCAGUAAUACUGUACAGAGAUGCCAAUACAUMUGAUGGGGUAAAGAUAAAACAUUCGAAAAGAGCAGCAACAAUCUGUAUUCUGGAGGGCCGGAGAGCACGUAGGGAUGCUCGAGCGUUGUCACAGCGACACAACUUGCUAGGACACUGUGCACGCGCCCCGCCGAGAGKCAGCGUGAGCGAGCUAAAGAAGCAAUCGCACAAGCGCAGCAUCUUUUCGGUGCAUGGCUAUAACGGGUCGGAGGGGAAUCAGGGAAAACCACCGCUAUUACCCAGAGACGAAGCAGGCAAGCACCACCAUGAUUCAAAUCGUCCUCGCUAUUUAAACUGUCGUUUGAGCUAUCCUCUCCAUCCACAAAGGGCAAGCGSGGAUGUUGUUUUUUUGGUUGAAAUUCAACCUGCUUGCAAAAUCACUGUUGCCAAUUUAUGUAGACGAGGAUUUAGACUAGAUAUCGUUUCGUUGUCAACAAAUGAGAUAUAAAGAUAUAUAUAGAGACUCGUCAGAUGAAAAGCCACCGCUGGAAGAAUUAUUCCAAAAUCAGUUUACAUGCCUUCAUCUCGUGUGUAAUGCGCCUCACGCAGCAAUAGGCUUUAUUUGUUAGUAGCCUUUUCCUUUCCUUUCGUCGUUGUCUGCCUGUCCCUCAUCAGAAUGUGGUAGCCUGGUCAAUCUACCGGGAUUGAGCGGGUGUUGUCGGUAAACAGAACCUGGGAAGCUUUCUAAAACCGUCUCCUUCUCCAAAGGACUAUGCUUCAAUAUUUCCCCAUCUAGAGGAACGUUGUGACAGCGAUCUAGAAGUCAAAGAGGAUUCCUUUUGAAAACCCCUUGGAAUCUUGCUACCCUUUAGACCACAUAACAGGGUCCGUUUGUGACGGCAGCCAUCGACCGUGAUGAGGACCGUACAGGAGGAUGGAACGUAACAGAGUUCUGACCGUGGAACCGUUCCCGACCGCGACCGUAGAACACCAACACUGACCACAACCACACCUUCUAAAGACCGCCCGGUCUCCCCCUAACCCCCAACCUCUCCAGCCCCCCUGUAUUACACCAGUCCUCCUCCACCCAUCCUCCUGUACUCACUCCCUCGCUCCAGACCUCCACCCUUUCUGAGGGUCCACUUUUUCUUUCAUAAACACUCUCAACUACCCCUUCUCUCUUAUUCUCUUUCUAUCCCCUUUCUCUCCAAUAUUCUAUAUCUUCAUGAACAUUGAGWCCUCUUUGGAACCCUAACAGAGACGGACGAUAAUCGUUGAGUUGGAGGUGGAGUCUAUAGCUAUCAGUCAUGUAUCUUUUCCCUCUAUCCCUGUGUAAGCCAAAUGGGCGGGGUCUCAGCUUUAGUCCCCGCCCCCGCUGCAACAUGGCCGACACCUGUCUAGUCUGGCUGUUGGGCCUGGCUCUCCGCCUCUCUCUGACCUCCUGCCAGAAGAUAGACCCCGCCAACAAGCUGCCCACGGUGACCACCAACUACGGCAAGCUGCGCGGGCUCAAAAAGGACCUGAACAACGAGAUCUUGGGGCCGGUGGAGCAGUACCUGGGCGUGCCCUACGCCACCGCGCCCAUCGGAGACCGGCGCUUUCAGCCGCCCGAGGCACCGGGCUCUUGGCAGGAGAUCCGCAACGCCACAGCGUUCGCCCCGGUAUGCCCGCAGAACGUUCAUGGGGUGCUGCCGGAGAUCAUGCUGCCGGUGUGGUUCACAGACAACCUGGAUGUGGCGGCCAGCUACAUCCAGAACCAGAGCGAGGACUGCCUCUACCUCAACGUCUACGUGCCCACCGAGGACG